UCCGGUUCGGAGUUCACCAGGAGGGGUCCUGACAGCGCGGAUCACAACGACAGCCGGCUGUAUUCGCAGUAUAAAAAACACACAACAGAAACGUGUAUUUCUAUACUUAAAAGCCACUUUAGACAACUGUGAAACAUGUCUGGCAGAGAAGGAGGCAAAAAGAAGCCGCUGAAGGCGCCCAAGAAACAAUCCAAGGAAAUGGAUGAGGAUGAUGUCGCCUUUAAGCAGAAGCAGAAGGACGACGUGAAGGCCAUGGAGGCGCUGAAGGCCAAAGCUUCAGGGAAAGGGCCUCUAGGGAGCAGCGGCAUCAAGAAAUCGGGCAAGAAGUAAGCGCGUAACCCGCCACCGAUGUGUUUCUGCUUCGCGUCCUGUGGCUCGAGAUGCGUUUUCUGGCCGAGGAGAAUCCGAAACCUCCAAACUCAAAGACCUGCCCUGGUGUCCACCAGAGAAAAUGAAUUUAAUACAUUUCGGGGAUGUCGAUGACGUCAAUAAUUAGAGGUUUCCCCGCUCUGAUAUAUUUGUUGAAAGCCGUUGACUCAGUCGCUCCCACUGAACGAACAUCUUCAAACCAGAAAUGAAGGUCUGUUUGUGAAAGUUUAACCAUCAGAAACCCCCAAAUGCCCCCAAGUUCGGUUUUCCCCCAAUUGUUGUGUUAUAAGAGGAGGAGAGAAAUGCUAAUAAAGUUUUUGUAUUUAC